AAUAGAUAUAGAAUUCCUCAGUUUUGUUACCAAAUAUAUAUUGCUUGGGUUAUGCUGUUUCUCUUCUGCAUCCACACGACUACUCUGGGGUUUUAGUUCUAUUGAGAGCUCUUGCUCGGUGCAAGUUAAGAUGUCUUCGCAUGAGAUCAAGAUUGAUGGUGUUGAUUGGGAAGGAAUUCCAAUGGAUGAGUUGUUUAAGCAGCUUAAGUGUACCGAAGAAGGUCUUACCACCGAUGUGGGAAUGGCGCGGCUUCAACUUUGCGGACCAAAUAAGCUUGAAGAGAAGAAGGAAAGUAAGAUACUAAAGUUCCUGGGUUUUAUGUGGAAUCCUUUGUCAUGGGUCAUGGAAUUCGCUGCCAUAAUUGCAAUUGCUUGUCCACCUAUUUUUGGGAAAGGGAAAAUUCCAGAUUUCCCAGACUUCAUAGGGAUAGUCGUGUUGCUCAUAAUCAAUUCUGUUAUUAGCUUUUUGGAGGAAAACAGCGCCGGGAAUGCUGCCGCAGCUCUCAUGGCUGGUCUUGCACCAAAAACUAAGGUCCUUAGAGACGGGCAAUGGAAGGUGCAGGAUGCAGCUAUUCUUGUACCAGGGGACAUUAUCAGCAUCAAAUUGGGUGACGUUAUCCCUGCUGACGCCCGGCUUCUUCAGGGCGAUCCAUUGAAGAUUGAUCAGAGUGCCCUUACUGGAGAAUGCUUACCUGUUACGAAGAAACCAUCUGAAGAAGUCUACUCUGGCUCAACUUGCAAACAAGGAGAGAUAAAUGCUGUUGUUAUCGCUACUGGAGUCCGCACCUUUUUUGGGAAGGCAGCACAUUUAGUUGACAGCACUAAACAAGUGGGGCAUUUCCAAAAAGUCCUUAAGUCGAUCGGUAAUUUCUGUAUUUGCUCGAUUGGGGUCGGAAUGGCCAUAGAAGUUGUAGGCAUGAUCAUUCAAAAGCGCAAAGCCACAGAUGUAAUUGAUAAUAUCUUGGUUCUGUUGAUUGGAGGUAUCCCCAUUGCGAUGCCUACUGUUUUGUCAGUUACCAUGGCUAUCGGAUCUGGCAAGCUUUCUAAGCAAGGUGCCAUUACUAAGCGAAUGACUGCCAUAGAAGAGCUGGCCGGCAUGGAUGUCCUUUGCAGUGAUAAAACAGGAACCCUAACACUUAAUAAGCUUAGUGUUGACAAAACAUUGGUGGAAGUGUUCAAGAAGGAUGUUAGCAAGGAGGAUGUGAUCCUUCUAGCUGCAAGAGCUUCCAGGAUCGAAAACCAAGAUGCUAUAGAUACCUGCAUGGUUGGAAUGCUUGCUGAUCCAAAAGAGGCUAGAGCUGGUAUUCAAGAGGUCCACUUUUUUCCUUUCAACCCUGUGGACAAGAGGACUGCUCUCACUUACGUUGAAGCUGACGGCAGCUGGCAUAGAGCUAGCAAAGGUGCACCUGAACAGAUAAUCUCGCUUUGCAACUGUACGGAGGCUGUAGAGAAUAAGAUUAACUUGAUCAUUGAUAAUUACGCGGCGCGCGGGCUUCGCUCACUAGCCGUUGCAGUACAGAUUGUACCUGAAAGGACAACGGAGAGCCCCGGGGAACCUUGGGAGUUUGUUGGUUUGUUGCCUCUCUUUGAUCCUCCGAGAAUUGAUAGUGCGGAAACCAUUAGAAGGGCCCUCAACCUUGGUGUUAAUGUGAAGAUGAUUACAGGAGACCAGCUCGCGAUUGCCAAGGAAACCGGGCGGAGACUAGGAAUGGGAACAAAUAUGUAUCCAUCUGCUUCAUUGAUUAGCCAGUCGGAUUCAACCAGUGAAUCUAUCCCGAUAGAUAAGCUAAUUGAGGAAGCUGAUGGCUUUGCAGGAGUAUUUCCAGAGCAUAAAUACAAUAUUGUGAAGAAGUUGCAAGAUAGUAAGCAUAUUGUUGGUAUGACGGGGGAUGGUGUAAAUGAUGCACCUGCAUUGAAGAGAGCAGAUAUUGGAAUUGCUGUUGACGAUUCGACUGAUGCUGCUAGAGGCGCUGCAGAUAUUGUUCUCACUGAACCAGGUCUAAGUGUUAUUAUCAGUGCAGUGCUUACAAGCAGAGCUAUUUUCCAAAGGAUGAAAAACUACACAAUAUACGCUAUCUCAAUCACAAUCCGUAUAGUCUUGGGUUUCAUGUUGAUCGCUUUGAUAUGGAAGUUCGACUUUUCUCCUUUCAUGGUUUUGGUUAUUGCCGUCUUAAAUGAUGGAACGAUUAUGACCAUCUCAAAGGAUAGAGUAAAGCCUUCGCCAACACCUGAUAGCUGGAAACUAAAAGAUAUUUUUGCUACUGGUGUAGUGCUUGGUAGUUAUCAGGCUUUAAUGACGGUCUUAUUCUUUUGGGCAGCAUACAAAACUGAUUUCUUUUCGGUAGGACUUAAUAUUUUCUAUCUCUCGGUUGGCAUUUCUAUUAAUAUCAUGUGCUUAAAUUUUUCUCGCAUGUUGGCGAUGCAGAAAACAUUCCACGUUAGAUCUAUUAGGGAAAGUCCCCAUGAAAUGACUUCUGCCUUGUACCUGCAAGUGAGCAUUGUGAGCCAAGCCCUCAUCUUCGUCACCCGGUCUCGCAGCUGGUCGUAUAUCGAACGUCCGGGAUUCUUGCUAGUCUUUGCUUUCAUAGUCGCUCAGCUGAUUGCAACUUUGAUUGCUGUAUUUUUCUCCUGGGAGGACGCAAGGGUCCAGGGUAUUGGUUGGGGAUGGGCUGGAGUCAUCUGGCUUUUUAGCAUUAUCACUUAUGUUCCUCUUGACAUUCUCAAAUUCUUAACUAGAUAUAUUCUUAGUGGAAAAGCUUGGGGUAACUAUCUUGAUAACAAGACUGCCUUCACUACCAAGAAGGGUUAUGGUAAAGAAGAUAGAGAAGCCCAAUGGGUACGAGGUGAGAGAACACGUCACGGACUGACAUCGCCUAGCUCGGUGAACCAAUUUAGUGACAACAACUAUGAAUCUUUGUCUGACCAAGCUAUGAGACGUGCGGAGCUCUCUAGGCUUACAACCAUGCACACAUUAAAGGGACAUGUCGAAUCCGUGGCCAAAUUGAAAGGGCUUGAUGCGAAUGAGUAUGAUUGCCGCCAUUACACUGUGUAAUUUUGUUUGGAUAGAAACACAUGCGCGUACAGUUUUAUGUAGACUGGUUUCCAUUGCUUUAGUCACUAGUUUUUAGGCAGUAGAUGUAAUGGUAGACUGGUUUCCUUUGCUUUAGUCACUAUUUUGGAAGGUUUGUUCUGCCCUGGCAAUGCCCCGUGGCUAGUGUCAUAAAAUUGCUUCACCGUUUUUCGCUUCAUAAAAAAGGGAUUUAAUGUCUUCUCACAAUA